GUGGACCCGUCCGUCCCGGGGGUCCGUGAAGGCAGCAGCAGCGUUGUUGUUCCUCGGCGUGUCGAGGCGGCGGAUGGUCCGACAGCCGCCGGGACCGACACACUGGGCUCAGCUCAUAAAAAGCCCGUUUAUUAGGCCGUGGUUCAGCGUUAGAGCUGCUUAAAUGUGUUUUAGAAGAAGCCGCUAGCUGCUGUUUCAGCGCUAGAGCCGGAAGCUAGCUGAGCAGCUGGAGGUAAACAGGAAACACAACAACACGCCGGGACCGUUUGGACACAGCUGGAGGAGAUCAGCACGUUUCUGCACCUCUGAGGGAGUUUAUCCUGCCAAAAAGAAAAGUCUACGAUGGGCAUGACCACCAGAAUAGAGUGCAUAUUCUUCAGUGAGUUUCAUCCAACUCUGGGCCCAAAGAUCACCUACCAGGUCCCAGAGGAAUACAUUUCACGGGAGCUCUUUGACACGGUUCAGGUUUAUAUCAUCACCAAGCCAGAACUACAGAACAAAUUAAUCACCGUCACUGCGAUGGGAAAAAAGCUGAUCGGCUGCCCUGUGUGCAUCGAGCAUAAGAAGUACAGCCGGAACGCCCUCCUCUUCAACCUCGGCCUCGUUUGCGACGCCCAGACCAACACGUGUGCCCUCGAGCCGAUCGUCAAGAAGCUGUCUGGAUACCUCACGACUCUGGAGCUGGAGAGUGGAUUUAUCUCUAAUGAGGAGAGCAAGCAGAAGCUGUUACCCAUCAUGUCCACCCUGUUAGAGGAACUUAACGCCACAGGAGCCUGCACGUUACCCAUAGACGAGUCCAACACCAUCCACCUGAAGCUGAUCCAGCUGCGUAAGGAUCCUCCGAUAGUCCAGGAGUACGACGUGCCCGUCUUCACCCAGUGCAAAGAGCAUUUUAUCAAAUCCCAGUGGGACCUGACCACUCAACAGAUCCUGCCCUACAUCGAUGGAUUUAGACACAUCCAGAAAAUCUCCGCUGAGGCAGACGUGGAGCUGAACCUGGUUCGUAUUGCGGUGCAGAAUCUGCUGUACUACGGUGUGGUGACUCUGGUGUCCAUAUUCCAGUACUCCAACGUGUACUGCACCACCCCCAGAGUCCAGAGCCUCAUAGACGACAAGUCCAUUCAGGAGGAGUGCCUCGGCUACGUCACCAAGCAGGGUCAGAAGCGUGCCAGCCUCAGAGACGUGUUCCAGCUGUACUGUGGUCUGAGUCCAGGAACCACAGUCCGAGACCUUUGCUCCCGCUACUCGCAGCAGCUCCAGAGGGUUGACGAGAGGAGGCUGAUCCAGUUCGGGCUGAUGAAGUCUCUCAUCCGGCGGCUGCAGAAGUAUCCCGUGAAGGUGAUCCGCGACGAGAGGAGCCGGCCGCCUCGACUCUACACCGGCUGUCACAGCUACGAUGAGAUCUGCUGCAAGACAGGGAUCAGCUACCAGGAGCUGGAUGAACGUCUGGAGAACGAUCCCAACAUCAUCGUGUGCUGGAAGUGACACGACUGAGAGACACGGAGACGCCUGAACCAAAGAUGCCUUCAGUGAAGACGUUUACUGGAAUAGCAGUAACAACGACAGUGGACUCGCUUAGUUUGUUUUUAAAAUGCAAUCUGCUUUUCAUGAUGAACUGGAAUCUGUUUAAGUGACGACGGGGAACCUGAUCAGUAUUGUACAGAGAUGAAUAUAAGUUAUAAACAUUAUAGUCACCUGGUUGUGUACCGGACAUGAUGAACACUGUAGGAGCCAGUAUGAUGAAAUAUACAGAGAAUGAUUUUAAUGCUUUUGAAUAGAACUUUGACAUGAUUUAUAUUAAUGUUUGUUUGGUCUUCUUAUUGUUGGUUAUUUGUGUGAUGAUUUGUUGGGAGCUGGUCACAUGGUUCAGGCUGGUGAAGUUUAUGUAGGUACCUGCUCACCUGAGGCAGGUGAGUGGGACGCCGUAUUCUUUAUCGACCGCAACCUUUGAUCGCUGCGAGAUUAAUUAUGUUUUGUGCGCGUUAUAUUAAAUCAACCUUUUUUCAAUAUUAAACUUUUGAAACAUA